UCCUCCCCUAGAAUCUUGGCCAAUUGUAAAGAUGGCGUCCAUCAUGGAGGGACCGCUGAGCAAAUGGACUAACGUCAUGAAAGGUUGGCAGUAUCGCUGGUUUGUUUUGGACUACAAUGCGGGUUUACUGUCAUACUACACGUCUAAGGACAAGAUGAUGCGUGGCUCUAGAAGAGGAUGUGUGCGUCUCCGGGGAGCUGUAAUAGGAAUCGAUGACGAGGACGACAGCACAUUCACCAUCACUGUGGACCAGAAGACUUUCCAUUUUCAAGCUCGAGAUGCAGACGAACGGGAGAAGUGGAUCCAUGCCUUAGAGGGGACUAUUCUCCGCCACACCCUUCAACUGCGGGAGGCAGAGACAGGAUUUGUUCCAAGUGUCCAAGACUUCGAUAAGAAACUUGCAGAGGCUGACGCAUACCUACAAAUUCUAAUUGAUCAGUUAAAGCUCUUCGAUGAGAAAAUCAAAGAUGGCAAUGAAGAGUCGUGCAGAAAAAUUGAACAUUUGAAGGAAACCACAUGUAGUAUGGUAGAGUCAAUCAAGCACUGUAUUGUAUUGCUGCAGAUUGCCAAGGAUCAAAGUAACGAACAGCAACACGCAAACGGACUGAUAAGCACCAUCAACCCAGUGGAUGGGAUAUUUCCGCCUCUGGAUGCUUCUUUAGUCAAUUUAGCCAUGCCAACACAGACCACCCUCCCCACAGAUGGCUCUCAGAUGUGUAAAGGAGAACAGCGGCCCUCCACUUUACCGGUGGGGGCUGUUGUCACAGUGAUGGGCAGUCUGCAGACUCCGACCCCCAACAGCACAGGGAGUGGCCCCUCAGACCCCAGCAGUAGCGGUGCCUCUCCCAGUCACAUGACCAUCCCCUCCCACUCGGUCCCUGACUUCUCCUACUCCAGCAGCGAAGACGAGUUCUACGACGCUGACGAGUUCUACCAGAACAGCAUGUCUCCCAAGCACCUUCUAGAUUCUUCUCGGCCUCCUGCUGCCUUGCCUCACAGCAAUGACGGAACAGUGCUGAAACGACCAGACACUAACGAGUCCCUCAACUCCUCCAUGUCUAACGGCACCACUGAUGCAGAUCAAUUUGACAGCCAUGAUGACGAGGCGGAGGAUCAGGGGGAGUCUGUGGAGGAGCACAAGAGUGUCAUCAUGCACCUGCUGUCCCAGGUGCGGCUGGGCAUGGACCUCACCAAGGUGGUCCUGCCCACAUUUAUCUUGGAGAGGAGGUCUUUGCUGGAGAUGUACGCUGACUUCUUUGCACAUCCGGAUUUGUUUGUCAGUAUCGCAGAUCAGCUGGAGCCCAAAGAGCGCAUGGUGCAGGUGGUGAAGUGGUACAUGUCAGCCUUCCAUGCGGGGAGGAAAAGCUCAGUGGCCAAGAAGCCAUACAACCCCAUCCUGGGAGAGGUCUUCUUCUGCCACUGGGACCUGCCUUCAGAGAGCGAGGAGCCCACCGCAAUGGAGCCAUCGUCAGAGGGUCCGGUGCCAUGGUCUUCAGCCAACAGUGUGUCUUUUGUAGCAGAGCAGGUCUCUCAUCACCCCCCCAUUUCUGCAUUCUACGCAGAGUGUCUCAGAAAAAAGAUUCAGUUCAACGCCCACAUUUGGACCAAGUCAAAGUUCUUAGGAAUGUCAAUUGGAGUGCACAAUAUUGGCCAGGGAUGUGUGUCCUGUCUGGAACAUGACGAGCACUACAUACUCACCUUUCCCAAUGGAUAUGGCAGGUCGAUCCUGACUGUCCCAUGGGUGGAGUUGGGUGGAGAGUGUAACAUCAACUGCUCCAAAACGGGCUACAGUGCCAGCAUCGUGUUUCACACUAAGCCCUUCUACGGUGGCAAGAAGCACAGGAUCACCGCUGAGAUCUUUCCUCCCAAUGACAAGAAAUCAUUCUGCUCCAUUGAAGGAGAGUGGAAUGGAGUGAUGUACGCUAAGUGGGCAUCUGGGGAAAACUCCUUGUUCAUUGACACAAAGAAAAUGGGCUGUAUCAAGAAGAAGGUGAGGAAGUUGGAGGACCAGCUGGAGUACGAGUCCCGCAGCCUUUGGAAGGAUGUGACGGUCAGUCUGAAGUCAAGAGACAUCGAUGCAGCAACGGAAGCCAAGCACAGGCUGGAGGAGAAGCAAAGGGGCGAGGCCAGGGAGAGGAAGGAGAAUGAAAUGCAGUGGGAAACUAGGUUGUUCCAUGAGGAUGGGGAGUGCUGGGUCUACGAUGAGCCUCUACUGAAAAGAACUGGAUCACAGAGGCACUGAGGCCAAAGAUGCAGAUCUUGGAGUCUUAAUAAGAACUCUUUUGCAAACCACUUCUUAUCCAAGCCUUGGAAUGACUGAUGAUUGAACAUGAUCACAGCUUUGCAUUUUCAAAGUUAUAAUUUAAUGAAAUCAAGAAGAAACAUCUACAAUGUAAAAAAUAAUAACCGUUGUUUUGCCAACCCCACAUCCUCCACCUCAUCCCCUGAACGACUAAAAAAAGCAUGACAAAAACAGUACCAAUGCCCUUCGGCUACACAAACAAGUCCUCACAAUCUUGCAGGAGGAUCCCUCAAGGGUCUGUUCUUUUCCUCGAGGGGGCGGGUGUUUUGAUCGAACAAACCUCGAAAAACAGCGUUCUGUAUCUCAGGGAAGCUGGUGACUGAGGAAUGAAUGGUGUACUUCCAGGAGUUAGACAGCCUUAUGGUGGAAUCACAAGGGGGAUAACUUGGCUUGCCAACAACUAGCUACAGCUGUUUAUAUAUAGAUACUUAUGAUGAAUGUAUAUAUAUAUUCUCUUUUUUAAAAUUGUAUUUCUCUUUCUUUCUGGCAGUAGUAAAUAUUUUAGGAUAUGAACUCUAUGGCAAUACAUCAGGAAUCAUUCCUUUUCCUUUCUACAUUCGUGCCCUCUCAAGUUCGUUGACAUUCUCUCCCCAUGUACUAACUCCAUCUAGUGCAGUGGUGUCAAACUCAUUUUGUCCCGGGGGUCGCAUUAUGUCUUCAACGAGGUCCAGAGGGCCGCAUUGAAAAUGUGUUAUUUCCUCACCGUCAUUUUUAACAUUUACAUUUCUGAUGCUCCCUGACUGUCUGGCUUUAAUUUUGGUGAUUUAUUAGCGAGCUGGACACAGUCAAGAAACUGUGAAUGUAGGUCCAUUAUCAUUUCAACACAGUUUAGAUUUUAUUUUAGUCAUUUUAAAGUCUAUUGGGGUUUUUUUUUCUUUUCAAUGCUAACACCUACGGGCUGGAUUGGACUCUCACUCGGGCCAGAUGUUUGACACCCCUGGAUUAGUGUAUGUUUAUCUGCUCAAGAUGACCAGAAGAGGCACCCAAGAAGUCUGCAUUUGCAAGAUAGACAAAGGUGGAGUCGAGGAAGAGGACUUGUCAACAUGUUUAUUAUUUUCCCUUUUGGCAUUUAUGAACAAAUGUAUGUCUUUUUGAUUUGUUUUUCAGGUGAUUGGGUAACAUGCUAAGGCGCUUUAAUGAGCGGUUUUAUUGAGUGCUAAAUUUGGUUGAGGGUACAAACUUUAAUACCAGGUUAGAUUAUGUCCAGUGGUGGUGUUAAAGGAGAGAAUAAUUGUCUUGUUUCUGCCUUUAAUCGAAAGGUUCAUUCCCCAUUCAGUGCCACAUCAUUUUAAACUAAAUAAGCAGAUGUUUGGAUAAGUACCUAAAAGAAAAUCUCGAUCUUUCACUUGAGCAUAUGAAUCAUAUGACUGUGGAUAUUCUUCAGCGAACCCAUUAUGUGAAAUAUUGUGAGCUAAAGACAAAUCUAUUCCUUUUCCCCUCAGAAGGCUUUUUAUCAGUAAGCAAGGCCAGGUAAUACAGUACAUGAAUUGACAUUUUGGUUAUUGGAAAGGAAUUGUGACCAAAACCAUUUGUAGCGAUAGAGCACAUUCCUGCUGACACGCACGCAAUGAUUGCCUGUGGUGAAAAACUCAACAAGUUCACUUAACUGAAAUGUAAAGGUGGAGUAUCAUCCUUUUAUCUCUAAAGUAGAUAAAUACAGUAUCUUCUAAUAUAAUAGAAUUUACAGAGGUUACAAACUCAAGCCAUUUUUCUUUUCAUGUUAUGUCUUUGUAAAUGAAUUUUGAAUCAAGGCCUUGCCAUACAUUUCAGUAUUGCUUCAAAAGAGCAAUCGGAACAAAAUGUAUUUUUUAUUUCCUUUGAAUCAUAACCAUUGAUUGUAUUAGAUUUUCAUGUUUAUUGAUGCAUAAUAUUAAAUCUCCAUGAGUUUA